AUGGGGCAGAGUCUGACGGAAGAGAGCGUGCACCUGUCACCUCCCCAUGGCCGUGGCCUUCCAGAGCGCUGCCCAAAGUGCGGGGUCCCUCACAAGGGCCAGCAGCGGUUAGGAGGGAAGGGAGCCUGGACACCCCGAGACCGGCCCUCGGGUGUGCUGCCAGGGCCCGAGCCCGGGUCUGCCGAGGCCGUGGAGCUGGUGGUGGGGCCGGGGGCCGGCACGGUGGCACUUUCUGAAGCCUGCGAGCAUGCUGCCGAGGGGCAGAGCCUGCAGUGGCUGGCCUGGGCCGGGGGAAGCUGCCGAAGAUUUACUUUCUGGCAGAAACAGCACGCGGCUGCCCUAAAGUACACGGAGCUGGAGCGGGGCCGUGCUCCAGAGCAGAGUUCGGUCUCAGGUCCCGUGUGUGAGCACCCGUUGACACCUGAGAGCCACACGCUGCCAGACCCCGCUAGAGGUGGGGUGUGCGGAAGAGGCAGGAAGCUCUUCGUGGGCGGUCUUGACUGGAGCACCACCCAAGAGACUCUACGCAGCUACUUUUCCCAAUAUGGAGAAGUUGUAGACUGUGUGAUCAUGAAAGAUAAAACCACCAACCAGUCUCGAGGCUUUGGGUUUGUCAAAUUUAAAGACCCAAACUGUGUGGGGACGGUGCUGGCCAGCAGACCACACACACUGGACGGCCGAAACCAGAAAGGACCCAGGAGCGAUAACAGUAAAUCAAAUAAGAUAUUUGUCGGUGGGAUCCCUCACAAUUGCGGUGAGACAGAGCUCAGGGAAUACUUCAAGAAAUUCGGAGUGGUCACAGAAGUGGUCAUGAUCUACGACGCAGAGAAACAGAGGCCUCGAGGAAUGUGGGUACCAGCCGGACAGGCAAUCGGUGGCUAUGGACCGCCCCCUGCGGGAAGAGGAGCCCCCCCACCGCCGCCACCGUUCACCUCUUACAUUGUGUCCACCCCUCCCGGAGGCUUCCCCCCUCCUCAGGGCUUCCCACAGGGCUACGGUGCCCCUCCACAGUUCAGCUUUGGCUACGGGCCGCCGCCUCCGCCGCCGGAUCAGUUUGCCCCGCCUGGGGUCCCUCCUCCACCUGCUACUCCGGGGGCAGCACCUCUGGCCUUCCCACCGCCUCCGUCUCAGGCCGCCCCCGACAUGAGCAAGCCCCCGACGGCCCAGCCAGACUUCCCCUACAGCCAGUACGGUUACGGACAGGACUUGGCCGGCUUCGGACAGGGCUUCUCAGAUCCCAGCCAGCAGCCCCCCUCGUAUGGGGGCCCCUCAGUGCCGGGCUCGGGGGGCCCCCCCGCCGGCGGAAGUGGCUUUGGACGAGGUCAGAACCACAACGUGCAAGGAUUCCACCCGUACCGACGCUAGCUGGCCGGCGCCGUGUGGACGUCGGGGCGGCCGAGACCCAGGAUUUAAAACUUGUGAACUCGUGACAAUCACAAACUUGGCAGAAAAAUAGCGGCUCACCGUUGGGGGGAGGGGGGCGAGAGGCUUUUGGAGGCGGCUGUGGGUGUCUGGACUGAAGUUUUUAAACAUAUUUCUUUCUCU